GAUGGAAAGUGCAUCAAUAACAGCAGAGCAGCAAGGUGCUAGGCUACAGCAAGUGAGGACUUGCUCAAACACCACAGCUGUGGGCACAGAAAUAAAGGAAAAAAAGCUGCUUACCUUCAAAAGACCACAGAAAAUGAUCCACAGCCUGUUUCUUAUAAACUGUUCUGGUGAUAUAUUCCUGGAGAAGCACUGGAAGAGCGUUGUGAGCCAGUCUGUGUGUGAUUAUUUCUUCGAAGCUCAGGAGAAAGCAGUCGAUGUUGAGAACGUGCCUCCUGUCAUCUCCACGCCACAUCACUACCUCAUCAGCAUCUAUCGCGAUAAAAUCUUCUUUGUGUCUGUCAUACAGACAGAAGUGCCACCGCUCUUCGUAAUUGAAUUUCUGCACCGAGUAGCAGAUACUUUUCAGGAUUACUUUGGCGAAUGUUCUGAGACUGCAAUUAAGGACAAUGUGGUCAUUGUGUACGAGCUGCUGGAAGAAAUGUUAGACAACGGCUUUCCACUGGCAACAGAAUCCAACAUACUGAAGGAGCUGAUCAAGCCUCCCACAAUUCUGCGUUCCGUUGUCAACUCCAUCACAGGCAGCAGUAAUGUGGGUGACACCCUUCCCACCGGACAGCUGUCCAACAUUCCUUGGCGCAGAGCGGGCGUAAAAUACACAAACAAUGAAGCCUACUUUGAUGUCAUUGAAGAAAUUGAUGCGAUUAUAGACAAAUCAGGUUCCACAGUCUUUGCAGAAAUCCAAGGUGUUAUUGAUUCGUGUAUUAAGCUCUCAGGAAUGCCAGAUCUUUCUCUUUCUUUCAUGAACCCCAGGCUGCUGGAUGACGUCAGCUUCCAUCCAUGUAUUCGAUUCAAACGCUGGGAGUCUGAAAGAGUGCUGUCGUUUAUUCCUCCAGAUGGGAAUUUCAGACUGAUCUCCUACCGUGUCAGCUCACAGAACUUGGUGGCAAUUCCUGUGUAUGUGAAGCAUUUGAUCAGUUUUAAGGAGAACAGUUCUUCGGGAAGAUUUGAUGUUACCAUUGGACCAAAACAGAAUAUGGGGAAAACAGUAGAAGGAGUUGUCAUGACAGUUCACAUGCCAAAAGCAGUACUUAAUAUGAACCUCACUGCUACACAAGGCAGCUAUACAUUUGAUCCAGUUACUAAGGUGUUAACAUGGGAUGUUGGCAAAAUUACCCCCCAAAAGCUGCCAAAUCUGAAGGGAAUAGUCAACCUGCAGUCUGGAGCCCCUAAGCCUGAAGAGAAUCCAAGUUUAAAUAUCCAGUUUAAGAUACAACAGCUUGCAAUUUCAGGACUGAAAGUAAAUCGCCUGGACAUGUAUGGAGAAAAAUACAAGCCUUUUAAAGGUGUCAAAUACAUUACAAAAGCAGGAAAAUUUCAAGUCAGGACAUGAGAAGAUGGUCAACUUCUAAGAGGAAAUUCCCCUUAAACGUUAAAAAUGACUGCUUAGUGACUUAUGUUGCUAGUAGGUGCCAAUUAAUUAAUAGAUACUGAUUAGUUUGGGAUCAAAGCAAUUGUGCACUGCAGCUCUUAAAAUGAAAGCGUAGCUUAGUUUCUCCUAUUAUGGCUUUAAAAUGAGGUACCUUUUUUCUAAUACACCUUCACUUUUUUUUAACUGACUUGUCGUGCUGGUGAAUUGUUUGGUACAGGUGAGCCACAAAACGUCUCAAACACUACACUGCCAAAUACCAAAGCCCAGAGGCCAAGCACAUUAGGAAGGCCAGACAGGCCAUUGGGGAAGUGGUGUGGUGGCACAUUCUGCUGCUGUUGCUGCCUGCAGAGAAAGCUGGGCUUUUCUCACAGCCAGCUGCCAGUUGGCAUUUCACAAUGCAUCAUGCAGUCCCUUCAGAAACAGAGCAGAAACGCAAGGGGCAGGGGUCCCAUAGGGACAGAGCAAAUGUCACUCCUAAGAAAGAGCUUCUGAUGAAGACACAAUGUUUUCCUUGCUGUUUACAAGAAAUCGCCUUUCUUAAGAAGCGUUUGCCUUAAUCAGCUUUCAUUUGUGCCAUCUGCAGAUGAGCUGGUAAAAAUAACAUUCUGCAUUAAAUUGGGGAGGUGUUGCUGCUUCAGUAAUCCACUUUCUUUCCAUUUUAUCUCACCACCGUCAUUUUUUUUAAGAAUACAGUUGCAGAGAGUAAGAUCUAUUUUUUAUGUGAGACCUUUGCUUUGGUUUUGAUGUUCCACUUUGUUUUGAGUGGAUGCCACCAGAUUCGUGCCGUGUGUGUAUUGGAGUGUAGCUUUUUAGAUAGCACAAUACAAGUGUCAAGUAUUUAAUGGUUGUGUGCUUUAAUGUUAUGAAAUAAAGGGAACUCUGCUGCAAAUACGUUUUCUCUUGUGAAGUGAUCACUACUGUAAGCUGCUCGUGAUGCUUUCAGGUGUGACUCCUGACGUACAGUUCCAUGGUAACCAACUGCCAGGCCUUCGCUGAAUUUGAUCAGGUGUUCAGAGUUCAGAGAGCAUUCAUGAUCAUGGCAGGUAAAAGAGGGGUUUUUUGUUUAAGUGGAGAAUCACAGAAAUGCUGCAGUCCUGCUGCUGCAGUCAGAACGGAGAUGAUGCAAAACUGACAUUCAGUGGCCCACAGUUCAAAGCAUGCAUUUGGUCAGUACAUAAUUCUGGCACUUGACUGUGAUUCUGGAAAAUCUGUUUCCUUUGCUUGUUUGGCUUACAGAUUGAUAUGUAUGUGCUAGUUUUGCUUCAGAAUAAUAGGAGCUAUGGAAAUGAAUUCAGUGGAUCAAUUUCACAUUUUUUUCCCCUUCAAUAAUUUAUGUCUCAAAAAAGUGUGAAACCCAUCUGGAGCAUAGACAGUAAGCCAGUAACAAAAGCAUCUUCUCUACUAGAAGCUUUGGCAAUAACACUAGGAGAUCACAAAUGUAUUUUGCACUUCUGAAAGUACGGUAGAUUACUACAGAUACGCAGGGCUCAAACUACUAGGUCUGUAGAAAAGGGAGGAAGCCUUGUAUUUGUAUUGGCCUGGCACUUGGCCUUCUAACUUCACCUUUUGAAUUGGUGGAACAUCUGCCAGUUGGUUGGUUGGCCUACAGUUCUGCUCCAUGUUACACUAACCAGUAUCCUUAAAUUAAUGUUACUGAAAAGUCUUGUCUUCAGACCUGGUAUGUCCCAGGGCCCAGUACUACAGCUGCUCUCUGUAUUACCACUGCAACAGUAGCAAGGUCUUUCCGAAGGGACGCUGUUACUGACAGAGAUACCAACACAACACAAAUCAAAACCAGCUCCCCCUGUCACCACCGCUUACCUUCCACAAGGACACAGCACUCCUGUCUCUGAAAGCCCUUUCAUCCACGCUUCACAGUGCAGCACCAGAAGUCUCUGUCAGCAGCAGCGCUGACAUGGGAGGAGAAGGCCCUGAGCCCAAGAUGGUGUUCCUCAGGAAAAGGUUUUUUUCUUGUGCUGACUCCACCCAUUUCUCCAAACACAGGAUUUUAAGUAGCAGGGACAGUGCUCUCCCUUCUAAUAUCAUCUGCACCAGCACCGGUGGGACAGUGCAGCUUAACAAACAGAAGGAUGUCACUGAGGAGCAUGUAGUGCCAGCUCUCGCGCUGCCCUUCUGCAGCUGUCCAGCUCUGAGAGUGCUGCCAAAGGUGAGCAUCUCACAGGUUCUCGUUCUUUUUCAACCAUGGAUAGAGCUCCGUUAACAGAGUUCUUUAAUCUAUGGUCACUAAGUCGAAGCUGCCUUCUGGCACUGCUGGGCUCCGCUCAGUCUCUCACUGCCAAGAAAUUUUGGUUCUGGAAAGUCAUUAUCUCUGUAUUCUGGGAGAAAUUUUGACACAGAAGCACAGAAGGUGGUAAGAAGAUUUGUGCCAGAAACAGGACUAUAAUUGCAUGCAACUGCCUUUGCACUCAAGUAAUUUUUACUUUGCCACGUAGAAAUCAGAUUGGAUGAAGUGCCGGCCAGAGCCGCAGCUCUUCCUGUAUUGACAGCAUCAGGCAAAUGCCAUUUCCAAUGCUGGGAGCCUCGGGGACGGCACUACUGGGAGUGGUGGCCUCCAAUUAGGCUCCUGGAACAACCCCCACUUUCUCCCACUGGGCCACAGCACCUGCUAAGUGCUUCCAGCUGCAGUUUCACUGGCAAUCAGGACCAAAACCAACUGGUUUUAAUCAGAAACUGCACCUUUCUGCUCAGAAAAGCAUUAUUUUGCUAUACUGUUUCGCCGUUGUACCUGUUUGCUCCUUUUUGUUCCAUUGCCAUUAAUACCCACAGGCUGAUGUUUGUACAAAUGCAUUUUUAUUGUUUUAACAGAACCAAAGAAUAAGGUUGAAAACAUUAGACUAUACAUAAAUGCAUUUUGGCUUAUAAACAACAUUUUAUAGUGGUAAAACAUUUCUAAGUGACAUUCAUGGUCUUUCUCCAAUUUUUGCUGCAUUUCAGGUCUGAAGACCAAUAGUGUUCAAAAAAACCAACCCAGUAAUUGCAUAAGGUGAAUGAGUAUCUCAACUUCUACAAAACAAUUUGAGAACCUACAGCAAACAUUCUGGAAGAACGCCAAAGGCAACCAUGAUUUGUAACUCUCCCACAAACGUUACUCAAUAAACAGAAAGUGAUCUUUGGCAUAAACAAUUAUGUAUUAAAGGCAUUAGUAAUAUUGCAUUAAUAUCAGUCAAGCAACUAAACACUGAUGCUAAAAAAAAAUCUGAGAGAAGCUUGAAUGGGAGGAGAGGGGUGGGAGCGUGAGGAAACGCAGGAAGACUAUUUAGAAAAUCCCUUUAAAAUUACCCUUAACUAUUCAGUGUUAUUUACUAUUAAAUAGAAAUUACUACAUUACAAUUACAUAAAAGAUCUGGUAUAAACCGACCAAAUGCAAGACAUUCAGGUUAAGGCUCUGGCACCUCUUCCUUCCUCUUCCUGUUCCAGGUAAUCACCAGAAGAGAAUACCAAGGGAAGACCCCAAGUACCACGUGUUUCAUAAUACCCAGACACCAGGAGCAAACUGAAGACCAACACAUGUUUUCUCUUGCUAAGGUCAGGUUUGAGGCAGAUGCAUUAGAAUCAGUUUAACUUCCCUUUUUAGAUAACAGUGCAGUGGAGGGGUGGGAGAAGCAAGUCCAAAUGUAGAGUGUUACAGACCAGCAAAGAGCAGCUGACUAUUUUCUCUCUCUCUCUUUAGGCUGUGAAACAUCUGCUCAGUCUGACAAGGCCACUUCAAUAAUGGUUGUGCAACAAUUACCAGCAAAUAAAAAUGAACAGUGUCUCAGGAGGUCCGUGCUGAUUUGGGCAGAAGUUUGCAAGUGCUCAUUGCAAAAGUACAGCAACCCAUGAUAAAACAGCAAUUCCAAAUGGCAAAAGAGACUAUGGAGCAAUAGACAAAAACUACAUAUAGGAAGGCAUGUUAGAUUAUAUUAGAAUAAAAAUAUUUGAAGCCUUUUUUAUCCAGAGCGCGUUUUGUCUACAGAAGACUAAAUAGCACAUGGUUCAAUUUACUAAGACUCAAAAAAGUUUUCAAACUGCCUAACUCCAACUAUGAUAAAACCAGUACGAACACCUGGGGACACUGAGCAUUAGGAACUGCUGCUCGCUGGCAGCCAUUGGGCCACCUGACGAACUUCCCACCUCUGUAGUACGUGGGCUUCAGAAAGCUUAAGCAAUGCUAUUGCACUGUUGGAAGCAAGAGUAGUGAGUCAAAACAUCUUCUGAGGGUACUAUUCUUGAUCUUAAUUGCCAUCUCGUGUGGCUAGAACAAUGAGAUGCAAAGAAGAGAAAACAAUGACGACACAUGCCUUGUGCUCACUUUGCUUUCCAGAAGGAAGGAGCAUUUCUGUGACGUUUUCUGGUUCUAGACACAGAUUCAAGGAACCAGGAUUUUUCAGUUCAGUAUGUCACUAAAUUGAGCAAGAAGGAGAGCUGCACAAUUUAAGGCCUCCAGCUGACAACAGCGUGCCACUAACAUUCACCAGAAGCAUCUCGGUACAGCACAACAGUUCUGAAAUGCUACCUAUAGGGUGCCAGGAGGGUGACAGACAGCUCCAGUUUUUAUUCAAGUACUUUUUUUGCCAAGCAAAAGUCAACAAGAAAAUUUAAAAAUACAUAUCAUUUCAGCAAUGGGAUUUUAAUCUUCAUUUUACAACUGCUUGCCCCCUCCCAUCCCUUUUUUUCCUUUUUAAAAAUCCAAACCACUUCUGAACCAUUUGAAGAGCCAAUUAAAAGCCUGCUGAAAAGUUGAGUGUUCAUACACCGAAGAUUUCCCUAAAUCACUGCCAACUUACACUGUUAGUGUCCCAGCCUCUCAACACAAGCUUUAAGUGAGGUCUAUGUAUUGUAACAUCAUAUGGAAACUACUGGAAUAUGCAGUGCAUAAAUGAAAUGUGCUUCUGGGAUUACAGACUUCAAUAUAAUCUUCAAGAGAUUAAAAAAAAAAAAAGAA